AAAAAAGAAAAAGAAAAUACCCCGAUUAAAUUUGUACUAUAUUAAACGACCUAAAACCCUCUGCAUAAACCCUAACCGGCGCAAAACCCUUGUUUGGUCUGUAGCCACUUCUCUUAAAAAUCCCGACAUGGCCUUUGCUUCCAUGCUUCGCAGAGCUUCCUCAUCCGUACUUCCUCUCGCAAUGCGCUCCGUUAGUUCUCGGAGAACUUUCCACAGCGCAAUCUCCGCAGUUCUCUGCCUCGAAAAAGGCAGCGUAGGCCGUGAGGUUGGUCGGCGAAGCCUUCUUCCAUUGUCGCGAUUCUUGACAUCUGCUGCAGUGAGACCGACCGCCGACGAGAAUCUGAUUCGAGUCCUGGAAUCCGAGAUCGAUUGCGCAGAGGAACCAGCAGAAGUAGAGGAUAUCCCAAAUGGAUUUCCUUUUGAAAUUAUUGAUAAUCCUGGAGAGAGAACUAUAUUGCUGGAAAGAAAGUACCAAGAUGAGAUUAUCAAAGUUGAAGUUGAUGCACCUACUGUUUCUGAUGAUGCCGAAGGAGAUGGUGAUGAAGAUGACAAUAAUACAGAUGCAGAUUUCCCAUCAAGCAUUCCAUUGGUUGUAAGUAUUUCUAAAGGACACGGUCCUUGUCUGGAGUUCGGCAUCACUGCAUUUCCUGAUGAGAUCACAAUUGAUACCUUGUCCGUUAAGAAUCGAGAAUCUUCUGAAGAUCAACUUGCAUAUGAAGGGCCUGAUUUUCACGAUUUGGAUGAAAAUUUGCAGAAGGCUUUCCAUAAAUAUCUCGAGAUUAGAGGGAUCAAACCUAGCACUACAAACUUUUUGUUCGAUUACAUGAAAAAUAAGGAUGAUAAAGAGUACCUACUAUGGUUGAAGAACCUCAAGAAUUUCAUGGAGAAGUAAAAGCAAACCUUUAGAGCAAUGCCACAACAGGCUAUGCUGUUCAAAUUUUUAGAUGUGCGUUAGAUGGGGAGAAACUUAUUUAAACACAUGAACUGUUUUUGAGGCAUCCUAGUUAGCGUUCUUGUUUUAUAUCCAGAUUCCCCCGGAAGGAUAAUAAUGGUUUUAGUGUAUGACUGAAAUGAUUCUAUUAGGGAAAUGUCUUCUCAAUUAAGAGACGACACAUUCAAUUACUGUUGGUGAUUUAUGCCAUCCUUUCAUGGUCCUGCAUCUUGAUCUAUGCCAAGUGUUUUGUUUUAUUGGA